UAAUAACAAAUGUUAAAAAAGAAUCAUGGGUCCAAUCGGAUAUUUUCAUUUUUACGGAUCCCAAAUUGUACUUAUCUCUUUGUUUUCUAGAGUUUUCUCUUCUUAACUGAGGCUGCCAUCUCACUCCGACAUCUCUAUAAAUAUCGGUCUCCAUCGUUAUCUCCGCCGUGAGUUCCUUUGCUCCGAUGUUCCCAUCGUGGCUGCAGCCUCACCGGCGUCGUCAGUUCAGUCCGGCGGACAGUCCGAGAACUCCGAGACACUACUCCUGCACUUCCUUCAAAGAUGUUCAGGAUCUCCUCAACGAAGAUCUCCCGCCGGAACCCAAUACCCCUAAACGCCCAUCCCUUCUCCACCGGGUCCGGUGCUUCAGCGUCCGCGACCACGCCCCACGCGCUUUUGCGGCGCCGAAGGCUGGCUUCGCAGUGGAAAUCCCCAACGCCGACCACCGCGGCGUGGUUCUCUACUUCACCAGCCUCCGUAUCGUUCGCAAGACCUUCGAGGAGUGCAGAUCCGUCCGAUCUAUGCUCCGCGGGUUCCGGAUUCCGAUUGACGAACGAGAUCUGACGAUGGAUUCAAAUUUCCAGGACGAGUUGCAGGCGAUAUUCGGGACGAAGAACGUGGCGUUGCCGAAGGUGUUCAUCGGCGGGAGAUACGUCGGCGGAGCGGAGGAGAUCAAGCGGAUGCAGGAGAGCGACGAGCUGAGGAGGGUGAUCGGGAAAUUAAAGCCGUCGGAUGGGGCGAUUUCCGGAAUCUGCGGUGCGUGUGGAGGGCUGAGAUUCGUGAUGUGCGAACGGUGCGAUGGAAGCCAUAAGAUCUACUCGGAGAAGCGUGGAUUCAAAAGCUGCACGGCCUGCAACUCGUACGGCCUCGUCAAGUGUCCGGCGUGUUUCCCGACGCACCGGCGGCGGACAUCGUCGUAGCUCCGGCAGAUUUCGAAAACAAAAUAGGGAGGAAAAGAAAAGAAGAAAAUAACGUUGAAAAAAAAAGAAA